AUGUCGGACGACUCGCUGUCGAGCGACAGCGACACGUCGGGCACGGCGGAUGAGGCAGGCUCCGACCCAUCUGAGAGCGAGGAGGACCCACCAGCAGCCAAAGAAGCUGCAGGAAAAGAUCUGCCCGCUCCUGCAGCACCGCGGGCUGAACCGCGGGCGGAACCACGGGCUGAACCACGGGCUGAACCGCGGGCUGAACCGCGGGCUGAACCGUGGGCUGAACCGCCUCCAAAACGGAAAGAGAAGCGGCUGAGGCCUGCACCAGUCGAGGAGGAGCAGGAGGAAGUCUUCAGGCUCUCGAUCGAGACCUUGCAGGGCCGUUGGCGGCACUCGGUGGCCUCCCUCGGGAUGCUUUCGGUGAAAGGCGGCGCUGUCAGGUUUGCUGAUGGUACGUGCUACCUUUUGAAGGAGAUCUCCCCGGGUGUCGGUCUCGGUGUCGGGUCGCCGCGGUCGCCCUUCCAUGCUGAGCGUCCUCGUUCCACGUGCCGUGCCGCGGUCGCGCUCUCCGUCCGCUGCGCCGCUCCGCGCCGUCGCCGCGUGGAGCGUCCGACGGAGCUGGACGCGGAGCUGGGGCGCGUGACAGUUGUGGGUGGCAUGGCCAAAGCGACGGCGCGGAAGACGAGCCGAGUGGACUCACAUUUGCACUUGUGGACUCCGGACGAGGAGUCCUUCCCAUGGUCCACCGCUCCACCAGAACACCUCAACGAUGGUCGUGCCACCAUCGAGAGCUUUGUGAAGCUGAUGGAUGAGAACGACAUCCGAAAAGCAGUGGUGGUGCAACCCAUCAAUUAUGGUCAAGACUACAGCUACGUGGUCUCAGCCAUGGACCAACACCCCGAGCGGCUCUUCGGCGUCUUUGUGGCUGAUCCCAGCGUCGCCUCGCCCCGGACCUGGAUGGAAGAGAUUCUUCGGAGCCAUGCGAACUGGGUCGGGGUGCGCUUCAACCCCUACAAAUGGCCUGAGGGCCAGGGCAUGUCGGACGACGUGGGCCGAGAAUUGUUUCGAACAGCGGGCGAUCUGGGGCUACCCGUGGGAGUGAUGCCUUUCAAAGGCUUGAGUCAACACGCCGAUGACCUCGAGGCGCUCUUGAAGUCCAACGAGAGAACCCAAGUCAUCAUCGAUCAUUGGGGUUUCUUUCUACAGCCAGCAACAGGCUUUGGCGAGCGUAGCUUCGACGAGGCUUCCUGGCACCGUUUGCUUCAGCUCAGCCGCUAUCCCCAGGUCCACGUGAAGAUCAGCGCGUUGUUCCGCGUGGCGGAGGAUCCUCCGCCCUUCCCGUCGCUCUCGAAGCGCCUCAAGGAGCUUCUGAAUGUCUUUGGCUCUCAGCGUCUCUUGUGGGGCUCCGACUUUCCGUAUGCCACUGAGCACUCCUCCUAUGCAGAGGCCGUUCAUGCUUUGGAAGCCUGGCCGAUUUGGGAGGAGAUGUCCAAGGAGGAUCGUCAGAACAUCCUCUAUGCCACGACGGCGAGGCUCUAUGGCCUUCUGGCCACCGAGGAGCUUUGA